AAUAAGAGUAAGGUCUUCGUGGCACGUAAUUGAAAAGUCUUGCGCAACAACUUAGACGAAGCUAACUAACUAGCAGUAGCAAGUAACAACCUCCCUCAGACCAGAUAUCUAAUUGGCUGACUCUCGAUCGUAGUAGCUUAAUAAUUUAUCGUACUAGUAUAUCAAAAUUAAUUAAAAGCUGACUAAGUCCGAGUCGACGAACUGACCUGACAGAUUAAUAUUGUUGAAUCAGUUGUCCGGCUGGCUGGACUGCCUCUCUUUCUUCCCCACACCCACACCCACAGCCACACGUUAAUUAAACCGACUUAUUAGAACUUAACUACAACAACGUACGUCACCACCACCAUCAUCAUCAUCAUCAUCGUCGUGUUGUUUUGUACUAGAACCCGAACGAUCGAGUUCAAGUAUCAAACAGGGGGGUUUUUAUUAAUUAAGCAAGCUCUGCCACAGUUCAGCUCCUGCCUGCCGACACAGACAGACGGAUCACAUACUAUUUCAUUCCUAGUACAUAAUAAUACACCAUGACACGACCUCACACCAGCAUCAAUAAUCCUUCUCUUUCUCCUCCUCCAAAUCCAAAUCGGUUAUUGUUGUUGCUGCUGCUGCUCACAGUGCUCUCAGAUAUCUCCACUGAUCAGCCAAUCAUCAAGCCUGCCUCGGCCCACUUCUUCCCCAACAUCUCCUCCAUCCCUCCCUCCCUGAUCCCCAAGCCCAACUCUUCCAUCUGGGACGCCUUCAAUGGCCUCGCCGGCUGCCGCAAAGGCCUUCAAACCCCGGGCCUAUCCACCCUCAAGAAAUACUUCCAGCGCUUCGGUUACCUCAACAGCUCCGGCGAUCACGAUUUCUCCGACGAAUUUGACGACUUCCUCGAAUCCGCGGUCAAGAGCUACCAGCUCAAUUUCAACCUCGACGCCACCGGCGAACUCGACCCCCCCACGCUGCGGCACAUCGUGCUCCCCCGCUGCGGCAAUCCGGACGUCGUCAACGGCACCUCCACGAUGAUGCGCAGGCACAACGCCGGCACCGCUGCUGGCCUCGGCACAGUGGCGCACUACUCCUUCUUCCCGAAUCGCCCGCGGUGGCCCAGGAGAAGAAGCCGCCUCACCUACUCCUUCGACAACGAGCUCUCCGACAGGGUCCGGGGCGUGUUCCAGCGCGCCUUCGAGCGGUGGUCGGAGGUGACGCCGCUGACGUUCGUGGAGGCGGGCGGCGGCCGCACCGACAUAAGGAUUGGGUUCUUCAGCGGGGAGCACGGCGACGGGGAGCCGUUCGACGGCGUGCUGGGGACGCUGGCGCACGCCUUCUCCCCGCCGGCGGGGGUAUUCCACUUGGACGGCGACGAGAAUUGGGUGGUGGACGGCGGCGAUCUCCGGAAUAGCCCGGCGGGAGUGGACCUGGAGUCGGUGGCGGUGCACGAGAUCGGGCAUCUGCUGGGGCUGGGGCACAGCUCGGCGGAGGAGGCGAUCAUGUACCCGUCCAUCACGUCGGGCACCCGCAAGGUGGAGCUGGCGGGCGACGACAUCGCGGGCAUCCAGCAGCUGUACGGCUCCAACCCUAAUUACGUCGCCCCGGGGGCUCCGGGCGUGACCCCGACCGGCCAGUCGGACUCGGAUACGGGUGGCGGGGCCCACCAGCUGCAGCGGGGCCCUGGACUGGCGCUGCUGCUGCUUCUCGGAUUCCUGUCGUCGUCGUUGCUGUUGUUAUGAUAUUUAUUAUAUAUAGGAUCAUGAUUACAGGCAGGGGCAGGCAUACGCACAUUACAUACAUUCUCGUAUCGUGUAUACUUAUUUGUUACUCCUUAUUUUUUAUUGAAUUCAUUGCGUUCUUAUA